UACCACUUCGUACUUGUGCAAUAAUAACACAUCAAACCGAACACAACGAAAACGACAUCGUUUUAGAGAGAAUGUUCGUCUUCUUCCUCCUCCUCCUCGGAUCUCUCUGAUAAUUUUUUUUCUUCUUCUGGGAAAAAAACCUCAACUUUCUCAGAUAAUUACUCAAUUCAAACUAUUCUCUCGUCUCUCGCCGAUCUCUCUUUGGAUCAUUCUGCUCUUUAGAUCUCUGUUCCAAGGAAGCGCUAAUCUAGUCUACUCCGGAAAUGGAUAAGGAGAAAUCUCCUAGUGGAGGCCUUCCUCCACCAUCAGGUCGUUACUCUUCGUUUCCUCAUUUGACUCCUCCUCCAAGUGGGAGCUCUGAUGCUAACCGGUUCAGCCACGAUAUAAGCCGAAUGCCCGAUAACCCGCCUAAGAAUCUAGGCCACCGCCGAGCUCAUUCCGAGAUCCUUACUCUCCCUGAUGACUUGAGCUUCGACAGUGAUCUCGGCGUCGUUGGUGGUGCCCCUGAUGGACCUUCUUUCUCUGAUGACGCGGAUGAGGACUUGAUGUCAAUGUAUCUCGACAUGGAUAAGUUCAAUUCCUCCGCGAGUUCGUCCUGUGAGCCAGCGGAGCUGGUUUGGAGGAAUGAGUUAGGCUCGACUACUACGCCUGGUGGUGGUGGUGGCUCUAGUGAGAGGCCGAGGAUAAGGCACCAACACAGCCAAUCUAUGGAUGGUUCAACGAGUCUUAUGUCUGGGAGUGAGGAUGUGUCUGGAGGAGUUGACUCUAAGAAAGCUAUCUCUGCUGCUAAACUCUCCGAGCUUGCUCUCAUUGAUCCUAAACGUGCUAAGAGGAUAUGGGCAAACAGGCAGUCUGCGGCGAGGUCGAAAGAGAGGAAGAUGAGAUACAUAGCGGAGCUAGAGAGGAAAGUACAGACUUUACAAACAGAGGCUACAACUCUCUCAUCGCAGUUGACUCUCUUACAGAGAGAUACAAAUGGCCUGAGUGUUGAAAACCAUGAGCUGAAACUUAGAGUACAAACAGUGGAGCAACAAGUUCACCUGCAGGAUGCGUUAAAUGACGCACUGAAGGAGGAAGUUCAACAUCUUAAGGUAUUAACGGGGCAAGGUGUUUCGAAUGGUGGUGCAUCAUCAGUAAUGAACUAUGGUUCAUUUGGAUCAUCAAACCAGCAGUUCUAUACCAAUAAUCAGUCGAGGCACACUAUGCAAGCUGCACAACAGUUCCAGCAGCUCCAGAUACAUUCACAGAAACAACAACAGCAACAGCAGUUUCAGUUUCAGCAGCAGCAGCAACUGUAUCAGCUUCAGCUUCAGCAGCAGCGGAUUCAACAGCAGGAACAACAAAGCGGUGGGGCUGAGCCGAGAAGGCCUAUGUCUUCUUCGGGUCAGAAAGAGAGUGCGACAUCAUCGCCUGAUCUGGAGUUUCCCUCCACAAAAGACUGAAGAGAGUUCACUGUGUUAGUGUCCAGUUUGGUGAAUCUCCUUUCUCUUUCCAGUUACAAAGCUGUAGCGUUUUCUCCCUGAUCAGAGGCUCAUGGGAUUUAUUACAUUCUUAAAAGAGUUAAAAACAAGACACCUUUAGAAGUUGUUAGUGAAGCCUUUGUCUGUAGUCUUUUUAUUAACCAUAUUCAAAUUCUUUGGCUUUUGUUAUGUUUGUUAUUGAAUCGUCUCUCGCUUGGUUUUGGA